AUGGGCGGCGGCCACCGAUGCGCGUCCGAUACUGCGCUGAGCACCGCACCCAUUGGCGGCUUUCAAGCAACGGAGCGGGUCACAUCUCCUUAUAAGCCGCCAAUGGAUGCACCACAUUUGCAGCUUAUUGCGUUUGCGGUGCGACGUUAUAAAUCCAGGCGUUCGCUCGCCGUUGGUAACGCGAACGCGCACGGAAUGCCGAAUUUAGCUGUUGCCAUGCAGCUCUCGGCCGCAGCGCCAUUACGUGGGCUA